AAAACUGGUACAAUUGCUGGUGAAUGCAACUAGUAGUGAAUUUGGUGUACAUACUAACUAAGCUACCAUAAAAUAUGGUUGUAACAAAACAAAGAAUAAGAUGAAAUUGACCAGGCCGUAUGUUAUAGCAGCAGCUACGUUUUCCUUUUUUAUUUUUGUGAUUAUUAUUUUUGCUAGCACCGACCAAAAGAGUGAUAUACAGAGUGACGAACCGGAAAAAGAUACUGCUGACAAACCUGAUAGACCCAGGGCUGUUAAAUAUUGGCCGCAUGAAAACUUAACUUUGGGACAAGUUUCUGCAGUUUCCGUUAACUCGCAACUGCAUCCAGUGAUUUUCCACCGAGCCGAUAGAGUUUGGGAUUACUACACCUUUAACGAAACAAACCAUUUUCAAAAAGCAUACUUAGGCCCAAUCAAGGAGCACACUGUCCUUACUUUGGAUUCCCAAACCGGGAAAGUUUUGGGAAAAUGGGGGGCAGACUUAUUUUACAUGCCACAUGGACUUACAGUGGAUAGACAUGACAAUUUGUGGAUUACCGAUGUAGCUUUACAUCAAGUUUUCAAGUUUAAACCUGGAGAAAUUCAACCAACUUUGACUUUUGGAGUGGCGUUCGAGCCAGGUAGCGAUACAAAUCAUUUAUGUAAACCAACGUCUGUAGCAGUAGCAAGUACAGGGGAAAUAUUCAUUGCUGAUGGUUACUGUAACAGUAGGAUCUUAAAGUACAAUGCUGCAGGUGGUUUAUUACGCGUUAUUCCAAAACAAGAAUUUUUGUCUUUGCAAGUACCCCACCAGUUGGCUCUUAUUGAGCCCCUGGACCGUCUUUGCAUCGCCGAUAGAGAAAAUAUGAGGGUCGUAUGCCCCAGGGCCGGAUUAUACACAGUUAAGGGGAACAAAGAGCCGGCCCUGACCAUUCAACAACCUGACAUGGGGCGCGUAUUUGGUGUAGCUGCAAAAGGAAAUUUAAUUUAUGCUGUAAACGGGCCUACAAGUAAGGCCUUGCCUGUUCAAGGAUUUACAAUAGAUCCCCAAAGCGAAACUGUGAUUGAUCACUGGGCCCCAGAGGCGGGUUUUGGUAACCCCCACGCACUGGCUGUAUGCCCCAACGGUUCUGCACUUUACGUGGCCGAAAUUCAGCCCAACAGAAUUUGGAAGUUUGAGUUGGUACCGCCGAAAAAAUAAAAACAACUUACCCAGCAUUACUUAUCCCACUAAAAUCUAGCGUUUACAAUUAAAUUAACUUAGCUUCAAAGUGUUAGAUAGCUUUCAGCAAAAGUAUACCAACCUAAAGUAAAGAAUAGAAGAAUAUGUUUUUUUCGGACAAUAAUAUAAAGCGUGUUUGAUUUUAAAUGUUUUUAGGGUUUUGUAAAUAAGGUUGAUAUUAGGAUAUUUACGAGUUUCAUAUCAAAUAAUUACAUACAUACAAGUUUAUUAUGUAAAUAAUUUAUUUAUCAAUAUAACUUAAAAAAAUUAUCUAUGUAAAUAACAAACAAUUAUUUUAGUAUUAUUAUAAACUGGGAAUCAAAACAAAUAAAAC